AAUGGCAGUGUCAAGGCGGUACAUAGUGGGAUUUGAACCUAUGCAUGGACAUGUGCCCGAUCCUAUGCUCACCACCUUAUCCACUAUGCCACUGCCUCUCACAAGAUCAGCUAUCUACUAAGUACCCCUGGAAAUCUUGAGAAUCCGAUUUAAAUUAUUGAAUUCCAGCAACGAAAGCUCAAUAGAAUUGCCGUAUUGAUAUUGAAGUUGAUUUGUGAGUCUGGUAUACUAAUGAGACUUAGAUUUAGGAAAGAUUCACGGUAAGGUUGAUCUCAGACUGAACUUGAGACAUUCCAUGGUAAAGAAACCAGUGUGAUUGGUGAGCUGGGUGUCAUCGCAGGACAAAGGACCUGAGUAGUGGUGUCUUGUGGCAUUGCUUCCACCCACUGACCUGUCUGCUCCUCUCUUGUUUCAUAAAUCUCACUAAACUCACCUGAAGAAUUAUUUGUUUUUUUAUUUACUGACAUAUUUCAUUGAUUUAAGGGACACUAAACAAGGGCAAGAGAAGGGUAAAGAGACCCACUAGAGUGUCUGUCUCUAAAUAUCAGGGACCAGAACUAAAUUAUUCAUAUACAUGGCAAAACUUCCAUUAUCUUACUAAUAUAUAUUUUCAUUCAUUCAUUUAUUCAUUUUCUUUGUGCCAUAUGAAAUAAGAUGUGGAUGUGUAGGCUUACCAUGUGUUAUUUCAUCCACAGACCCUGAAUUGGCAACACUGGUGGGUAAGAGGCUCCAUGACAGGAAAUAGUGAUGCUUCUCUCUACUGGGAAUAAGAGUGAGUCCCAGGAGCCUUGAGGCAGCAUGGAGGACCUUCACCGAGGCACCUGUACCGAGCUGGAGCGUCUGGCAGCAGCGGCGGCCACCAUGGAUUACUCAGAGUCCCUGGCCAACAGUCACCAGCCAGCCCUCACCGUUGCUGCACCCAUCCUCACCACCCAAUUCCCGCCGGACCACUACCAGCGACAGUAUGCCCGGCACGACACACACCUGCGUUCCUACGAACAGGUGCCCAGACCCCCGCCCUCAGCCCACCACCAGGCUGCUCCCCCGGCCCACGUGCCGCCCCCACCCACAAUACAGUACGUGGCAGAGCGGCCAGCACACUACACCAGGACCAGCCAGUUUGUAUCCAUGGUGGACCUGCAGUACAACAACACCCAGGUGAUGGCACCCCUCCCAGGCCCAGAGGCACAGUAUCCACCCCCUCCCCCCCAAGACAUGCCCCAGCAGCCCGCUGUGGUGCCCCCACCCUCCCCUGCCCUGGAGACUGUGCCAAAGGAGAAAAAGAAGGUGCCUGAGCCUCCCCAGAACAAGAAGAGGAAAACAGAGGAGAGGGAGAAGCAGGAGGCAUUGGAGGAAGACUCCCUGAGAAGAGAGGACAAGGACAACGCCGUGCUGGACCUGCCACAGCCCAUCACCGACACAGACGGCUCGCUGGUGUACCCCUGCUCCCUGUGCACCACCACCCUGUCCUCAGCCGACGCCUGGCAGGAACACGCUGCCGACCACCUCAACAAUGCCAACCGGCGCAGGAAUGGCCUGUCUCUCGAGGUGAAGAUUGAGAUCAUCAAAAGGAUCAACAGCGGGGAGAAGCAGUCCGACAUGGCGGAGGAGUACAUGGUGAACCGCUCCACCAUCAAGUCCAUCAUGAAGAAGUCCAGUAGCUACCUGCAGUGCUGGAAGAAAGGCAUGUUCCACCCGGACAGCAAGCGUCUCAAGGGCCCCAAGAGGGAGGACAUAGAGGCAGCCCUGUACUCCUGGUACAAGCAGGCAGUGUCCACGGGCACCCCUGUCUCUGGCCCCAUCCUGUGCUCCAAAGCCUUGGCCUUUGCCAAGAAGCUUGGCCACAACGACUUCAAGGCCACACACGGCUGGCUGGACCGCUUCAAGAAGAGGAAAAACAUAGUGUUUGGCCGAGCCCCGGCCAGGAGGAAGAGGGAAGAGGAGGAGAACAGCAACACAGAGCUCAAGCCCAGUGAGUGGCAGACGGCAGUGCUGCACCAGCUGCUGCUGGAAUACGAUCCCGGAGACAUCUUCGCUGUGGAGGAGAUUGGUCUGCUGUACCGCACACUGCCCGGCCAGGCGCUGGCCCUGCGUGGGGAGCGAUGUGCUGGGGGCGUGCGCAGCAGGAUGAGGCUGACAGUACUGCUGUGCGGCAACAUGACAGGUACAGAGAAGUUUCCGUUGCUGGUGGUGGGGAAGCAUCCCAAACCUUCCAGCUUCCGGCACGUCAAGAGUCUGCCAGUGCAGUACGUGGCCAACCAGAAGGCAUGGAUGACGGGGGACAGCUUCGGGGCGUGGCUGCAGGACGUGGACUCCUGGUUCGUGCAGCAGGGCCGCCGCGUGGUGGUGGUGGCCUCCGCCCUGCCUAUCCACGACAAGCCGCCGAGCGGCCUGCGGUCGGUGCGGAUGGUGACGGCACCAAGCGGCUUUGUGGGGCCACUGAAGCAGGGCGUCUCGGCAGCCUUCAAGCGGAACUACCGGCGCGGCCUGCUGGAGACCCUGGUGAACCAACUGCAGCGGGAUGAGCCAGCAAGCGGGAAGCGAGGCCGCCGGCCCAACACCAAGCUGAGCCUGCUGACUUGCCUGCACCACCUGGCCACAGCCUGGCACAGUGUGACGGACAGCGUCAUCAGUGCCAGCUUCACCCGUGCCGGUAUGUGCAAGUACGGGGCCUGGGGAGCCCCGCCUCCACCACCAGACCCCACUCUGGGCUCAGAGAACCUGACCCUGCUGCACCGCCUGCGCCUGCUGGGCCUGGCCGUGCCAGACAUGACCUUUGAUGACUUUGUGCACUUUGACCACGAGGUGCAGACCUGCAACCUCAACAAUGACGACGACAUCCUGGCUAUUGUCACCGGCGCUGACAAGGAUGAUGAAGGGUGCGGCGAUGAUGACGAGGAGGAGGAGGAGGAGGGAGAGGAGGAAGAGGGGGAAGAGGAGAGUGAGCAUGGCCCGUCCCUGACUCAAGUGGAGGCGGCCCUGGCCACCCUGAGGAAGCACAUCCAGUACCAGGAGGGUGCUCAGGAGAUGUUCAGGGUGCUGGCUCACCUUGAGUACCUCAUCUACAAGGGCCAGGUGGGCGCCAAGGGUGUCGGCGUGCAGCCCACCACCUCCACCGCUCAUUAGACACACACACACACACACACACACACACACACACACACACACACACACACACACACACACACACACACACACACACACACACACACACACACACACACACACACACACACACACACACACACACACACACACACACACACACACACACACACACACACACACAAUAGGUGCACUCUCCUUCCAUGACUCAAGUCCCACAGAUAUUCUCUUCUAGGUUUAUGUUUAUUGUGUUUUUAUCUGUAACGUAAAAGUACAGUAAUAUAAAGUUUUAAGUCUGGGCAUUAUUUAGAGUCAAUGUUCUGUUGAAUUAAGUCUUUUUUGGAUGUAAGAUGUGGUGUUCUGUUAAUGUUUGCUUCCUCCUCUCCUGUCAAGUGCACAGAGUCAUUAGUACACAGUCACACUCACCACACACAGCACCAGCGGGCUCAACCAGUCACUCGGCUUACAUUUUCCUCAAGAGUCAGAGCACACAGCAAACAUUACGUACCUCAACCCGACCAGCCGGCUUGUGGCGGCACCCUGGCAGCAGUGCCUCGCCCAGCAGGCGUCCCUCAACCAUGGUCUGUGGUCUUGCCUUACACCGGUGCCUGCAAACAUAAACAUUUAGGGAUCACUGUUACCCAAGUGUUCCCUGCCCCCACAUGGAUGUAACCCUCUCAACAGUCCUACCACCAAACACUUUCCUGAGCCUCACUGGGACAUGCUCCAUGAAGUGUCUGUGUGUGGCUGUGUCCCCAGUGAGGCUGUGGAAACACUGGUCAUGGCCUGCUGUGCCACUGCAGUGCUGGACUGGUGGCAUGUAGUGUGGCUGUGACGCUGGUGGUUUGAUGAUACAGGUGUAGUGUCUGUAGAGAUGAGUGAUUCAUGAAGGUUGCAACCACUAGGACUCAAAAAUUAAGUGCUGAUGGAGUACUGUGGCUGCAAGUUGUAUGACAUUGACUAGUUUAUUUUUGAUAGAUGACAGAGGUGGUGGUGUGCAGCUGCAGUGUGUGGGUACUAGUGGUGGUUGUGAUGGUGGCAGUGCUGUCUCUGUAGCUUAUGGUAAUGAGGUGCCAUUCUUCUGUGGCACUGCCCUCAUCUGAAAAGUGUGCCAAAUGUAUAGUUUGGAGUCGUCAUUCAUGGUAGCUACUCAUCCUCUCAAGACACUAGAACAUGCAACUGCAGUGAAAUAUGUUUGCAGUGUUGAUGGGAUAGAUAUAAGUGAAACAUUAUUAGGUUCCUUGAGAAACAUAUCACAUAAGUAAGCACACAUUGCAGUAUUGACUAGGGAAGCCAUCACUGGUGCACAAGUGAGUGAUGGCCAGGACUUGUCCCCAUCCAGGCAGAGGCAGAGGAGAGUAAGAAGGUUUGCCAUGAAUUGAAUUGAAUUGAAAGGCUGUUCUGUCACAUUAACAUGACAAAUUUGUAUACGUUAAGAAGAUGGCCUGUACCACUGCUACUUCACUGGAGCUGGAGGUGCAACAAAUGACCAGUGACUAGUAGAUAAGGGAAGGGAAGAGGAGCACGCUGCAUGCCACAAAGGGCCACAAAGCAAGACAAGGCAGCAGCAGGAGCAUUUGUGUGUGCUUGGCUACCCCAUCUAACCAGCAGAAAGGUAUAAAGACUGAAUCACUGCAUUACUGAAGGUGGCAGUAAAAGAUGAAACAAGACCUUAGCAAUAGCAGUAAGAAUUAAGGCUAUACUACAGAGUGUUGUUGGUUUUUGUAUGUAGGUAGAAGUCCACAUCUGAAGGUCACUGCCAACUCAGGUGUGUGUUUUGUACCUUAAAGUUAAUGGUCCUGCUAUGAAGGUGUGUAUUUCUCUCUCUCUCUCUCUCUCUCUCUCUCUCUCUCUCUCUCUCUCUCUCUCUCUCUCUCUCUCUCUCUCUCUCUCUCGGGCAUUAAGAUUAUUAUUUAUGUACCUACUACUGCAUAUUUAUUGAUACUUGGUGGUGGGAGCAGGUUUUUUUGUAGAGGAUAAUUUGUAAUGUUAUGUGACUUGAUUAUGCAUUGAUGAUACUUCCAGUGUGUGUGUGUGUGUGUGUGUGUGUGUGUGUGUGUGUGUCUGAAAUCAUGUGACUUAGAAACAUAUGCAUCAAAACUUCAGUCAGAGCUGUUUUAAAGGGCUUCCUCCUCCUCCUCCUCCUCCUCCUCCUCCUCCUCCUCCUCCUCCUCCUCCUCUUUAUGCAUUGAAAUAGGACAGAUAGGAUAUUUCAAUUUUUCUCUGCCUUUUGGUAUCCUAAGGCAUAUUUACUCUCUCUCUCUCUCUCUCUCUCUCUCUCUCUCUCUCUCUCUCUCUCUCUCUCUCUCUCUCUCUCUCUCUCUCUCUCUCUCUCUCUCUCUGACCAGCAUCCCGUCCCGUGUGUGUGUGUGUGUGUGUGUGUGUCUCAUGCUCAGUAUUAUUUCAGUCUCUCCUUCACCACGCGCAGGGAGAGCUCCGUAGAAAUCAAGCAAGCAAAACAAAGCAAUUUAUAUCA